UGCCAGUAUCUCCUCCACCUCUGCUCUUCCCAGCACAAGUUCCAGCUACAAAUGAGAGCCAGGCAAAGCAGCCAAGAGAAUCAAGAGAUUGAAAGAGCGUCUCUAAGGAGCCUGAACAUCCAGGCAGAAACUCUGCGCGGUUUGAGCAUGGGAAGAGCUAUUAGCACAACCAGCCUGGCUAGUAGCACAUUAAAUCGAAUGGCAGUACGACCUGUAUCAAUUCAGCCUGAUCUUCUCAAGAGACUGUCUUGUUCAGACCUAUCAGUCCUUCAAACACACCUAGGCAGUGGGGGAAAAGACAGAAAAGCAAAAAACCCCUGGGAAGACAGACCACGGGUUAUUAGCAAAUCUUAUCAUGAUCUCAGUCAGGUUGCUCAGUCACCCCAGCGGAGAAUGCUGAAUGCCAGAAUGGAUAAUCCCCCAAACACACUGGAAGAACUAAUGAGUCAGGCAUCCUUUCAUCAAAUGGUCAAGUCAGAUACAGAGUCGGUGACCGGCUGUGGAAGGCUCAAUGAGUCCAAGUCAUUUUCAGGAUUUAAUAGGAACGCUGAUAUUAGGAAACCCGAGUCAGACUCUUCGUCUAUGGAUGACAGUGGUCACGCCUAUGUUGUGGGUGUUAGUAUGCAUAGCCUUGGGAGCCCAUCCUCACCCAACCUUUAUAAAGGAAAUGAAAAGAUGCAGAGCAGAAUAUUGACUUCUACACCUGAGAGAGAGAUCACUUUGGUAAAGUUA